CUGACAUUUCAUUCAUUAUUCAUUGUACAUAGGUCCCUAUCUCCCAGGGACCGCAUGGACCGCACGGCGGAGGCCGGAGGGGCAUGAGAGCUGCUGGCAAUCGGAGAGCCACAAAGCCACGCUGUCGCUUCAAAUCAGUUCGAUUCCUCUUCUUCUUCUCCACGAUCCAUUCCUCGCCUUUCUUCCCCGCUUCAGCGCAAACAGGUUCCCUGACUCCACAUUUUCUUGAAAAUCUUUGCUCCUCGGCCUGAUCCUCUUCAGCUUGUAUCUUCUUCGAGCAAGAUCUAUACACCAUGGCAAAAACUAAUGGAAUUAUCUAUUCUUCUUCCAUAAUACCUCAGCGUCUCAAAAUAUAUGCCAAAACCCAAGCUAAUGGGCAUAACAAACAAAGCUUCUGGCGAGCUUAUAGAAAACAAAAUGCUGCUACCCAAGGAUCUUCUCUAUUGUGCCAUUCUACUGAAACUCGCCAUGCUGAAACGAAAGAAUGUGUCAGAGAGUAUCAUGAUUGUUCAGACACAUCCAGUAUGCAACGAGAGGAGAAACAUCUAGCCCUGCUUGGAAAACAUAGUACUGCAAGUCAGGGAUUAGCUGAAGCUUGCAAGUUUGUUUACAAUGAUGCAAAAUAUGUGAAUGAAAGGGCUAAAAAUGACAUCAUAUUGCUUUAUCGUGGCAUAAUGACGUUGGAUGCUCGUGCCCGCCAAGACAUUGCUUUUCUUGGUUCUGAAUUUCUUAAGGUUGAUGCCCGAGCUAGAGAAGACACUGAAAAAAUUGACCAUGAUGUCAAGAAGAAAGCUGAAAGGCUUCAUCAUGUUGCCACAAUUCUCAAGAACAAAGCUGAAUCAAGACUGAAAAGUGCUGCAAAUAGGCAUUGGAGUGAUGGCGCCUUGGAGGCUGAUUUGCGCCGUGCUGAUUUUGUUGCCAAGCAACGUGCAUUGGGAGAUGCCCUAAUGGCUUUGGAGUUUAUCAAAAACAUUCAUGACAUGAUGUUGAACGAAAUGAGCAAUUUGAAUAGAAUUUCUCUUGAUGCCGACAAGAUGACUCAGCACAUAACACUUGAGAAGAAUGGGAAAUGUCUUGAAUUUCUUCAUGGAGAAAUUUCUGCUGAGCGUAUUAGUGCUAUACAGGAAGCUUAUUGGGAUAUAGCAUCUGCCCUAUCUGAAGCUGAUGCUGUUGACUACACUGAUCCUGAAGAGGUUUCUAUAUAAGUAGAUUAAUUAAAGAGGUUUCCUUUAAUGUUGUUAGGUUGUGCUGACUAUUUACCCAACAAUGAUUCUCAAGAGAUAAGGUUUUUAUCUCACAAAUAUAUACUGCACUUAAACUCACUAGAAACCUCGAACAACCCCUAAAUAGGCUUCUUCAAACUUUGGAUGGGCGCUACAAAAACAACUAUCGGACAAGACACCAUGUUGAGUUAGGCAUAACUCACCGCCAAAGGAGAUUUGUCUUACAUUUAGAUACUUGACUCAAAUGUAUCAGACAAAUGAUUAUUGAUGUGGACAUACGACAUUUGAUAUCAGUUGGUUUAAUUUUUUUCUUCUAUUGGAGCAGCUGGAGUUGUUAGUUGCCACACUAAUAGAUCUUGAUGCCAUGGAUGGUAAAAGUAGUGUGUCUCUAUUGGCCGAGUGCUCAAAUUCUCCUGACGUGAAUACAAGGAAAGCAUUAGCUAAUGCGCUAUCAGCUGCACCAUCUAUGUGGACUCUGGGUAAUGCAGGGAUGGGAGCUUUGCAGAGGCUUGCAGAAGAUAGUCACCCUGCCAUUGCCGCGGCAGCAUCCAAAACCAUCAAAGAAUUGAAGAGACAGUGGGAAAUCGAAGAGGGGGACAACUGGCGGUUCAUGGUUAACGAUUAUUCACCACAUGAUGAUGAUGAUGAUGGUGAUGGUGAUGAUGGUGAUCAUGAUGAUGUAGUAGACAGCUAAUACUCUGGUAAUAGUCUGUCGAAAUUAACUUCAGGGAUGACACCAAGAUUGAGGCAAUCACGCACAGACAAUUGAUGUCAUGUUUGUGAGAACCAAUUGUUAAUGAGCACUAGCCAGUGUUAACCUUGGUGUCAUCUGUGAUAUGAUUGUAGCAUGACCCAAUAAAUCAACUAACGGGAGAUUGUGCUUAACAACUCAACUGUGUAUAGAUAUAUUGUGUAGGUGAUUCUUGGAUUAGUCUCUUGGCCCAAUGACUCUUGUUAGGUCUGGCUAAAGCUAUCUGAUUGUGCUUUAGGAUUGCAAUUCCAAAUGUCACACAACUUGGAUUUUUUUAAAUACUAUUGAUUAUAUUACAACGUAGUAUUUGUUCAUAUUUAUUUUUUUUCAACCUAUUAAAGCACGUCCUUGUUG